AACCCCAUGGAUGAGGCUGCUGCCGAGAACCGCGUGAAACCCUCACUUCCUCUGUGUAGUGUAAGUUCCCAACCACAAGCACCAAAGCAGAGGGGCAGGCAGCACGCAGCCCGGCGGCUAGAGCACCAACCCAGCCAUGGUCCCUGAGAUCAGCGAACAUCAAGUGUUCCAAGACACUGAGCUUGCCUUCCUCCUGGAAAACUGCAGCUCUUCCUAUGACUACUUAGGAGAAAACGAGAGCGACUCCUGCUGUGCCUCCCCACCCUGCCCACAGGACUUCAGCCUGAACUUUGACCGGGCCUUCCUGCCUGCCCUCUAUGGCCUCCUGUUUGUGCUGGGGCUGCUGGGCAAUGGGGCAGUGGCAGCUGUGCUGCUGAGCCAGCGGGCGGCCCUGAGCAGCACUGACACCUUCCUGCUCCACCUGGCCGUGGCUGAUGCACUGCUGGUGCUGACCCUCCCGCUCUGGGCAGUGGAUGCUGCUGUCCAGUGGGUCUUCGGCUCUGGCCUCUGCAAAGUGGCAGGUGCCCUCUUCAACAUCAACUUCUAUGCAGGGGCCCUCCUGCUGGCCUGCAUCAGCUUUGACCGGUACCUGAGCAUAGUGCAUGCCACCCAGCUCUACCGCCGGGGGCCACCAACCCGCGUGGCCCUCACUUGUGUAGUUGUCUGGGGACUCUGUCUGCUCUUUGCCCUCCCAGACUUCAUCUUCCUGUCAGCCCACCGUGACGAGCGCCUCAAUGCCACCCACUGCCAGUACGACUUCCCGCAGGUGGGUCGCACAGCUCUGCGUGUACUGCAGCUGGUUGCUGGUUUCCUGCUGCCCCUGCUGGUCAUGGCCUACUGCUAUGCCCGCAUCCUGGCUGUGCUGCUGGUCUCCAGGGGCCAGCGGCGUCUGCGAGCCAUGCGGCUAGUGGUGGUGGUAGUUGUGGCCUUUGCCCUCUGCUGGACCCCCUACCACCUGGUGGUGCUGGUGGACACCCUCAUGGACCUGGGGGCCUUGGCUCGCAACUGUGGCCGAGAAAGCCACGUGGAUGUGGCCAAGUCUGUCACCUCAGGCCUGGGCUAUAUGCACUGCUGCCUCAACCCGCUGCUCUAUGCCUUUGUGGGUGUCAAGUUCCGAGAGCGUAUGUGGAUGCUACUUAUGCGCCUGGGCCGCCCUGACCAGAGAGGGCAUCAGCGGCAGCCACCGUCUUCCCGCCGGGAUUCAUCCUGGUCUGAGACUACAGAGGCUUCCUACUCAGGCUUGUGAGGCUAGGAUGGGGGCCAUGCAGCCUGACUCCCCCCACAUUCCAGGUUCCUCCCUCCCUCUCCCCAAAGCCUUGCUCCCCAGACACCCACUCCUGGGAUUCCCUGGCAGCCCCAGCACUGCCCAGUCUCCCAGGGAGUCACCCUCUUGGCUCUGGGGUCUGC